AUGAACGGCGGUCGGUUUGAUUUCGAUGAUGGGGGCACGUACGUGGGAGGCUGGGAGGAGGGGAAGGCAGAGAAUGGACCACAGGGUCAGAAGGGACGUACGCUGUACGAAAUCGGCCACCUCCAAGCCAGAUACAAGGCACGUGUAGCGCGAUACCACGACGGUUACGGCACGGAGAUCUACGUGGAUGGUGGCAACUAUCAGGGCCAAUGGUUACGUGGCUUACGACACGGCUACGGUACUCGACGUAGCGCCACGCAUGGCCAGGCGGCUAAACUUCGGCCCAAGUCACAUACGCAUGCCUCCCUGACGAGUUUACGAAGUGGUCGAGGUGACGAGGAGAAUGAAGACGACGAAGAAAGUCAGUCCUAA